UGGUCUACUACUACCUACCGGUACUUGGUCUUGAAGGCGCGCGCUCUGACCCAACGCAAACUUUUCGUUGAGCACUGAUUCAGCAUGGGAUGUGGGAGGGUGUUGAUGGCGCCAAGCAACACACGCAGAAGGUUGUUGCCAUCAUUGGUAGUACAUGCAGUCCUAGAUUGAUUUCUGAAUCAAGCCAGUUGCUCAUGAAGAGGCGAAGGCCUAUGCUCUCAGGAAUAUAGGAGAAACCCUAAUGUUGGCCGCCGGUGGACUGCUCUGGGAGGAUUGUGCAGUCUCAUAGCAUCCAUCAAUAGUAGGAGUAGUCCCUUUGUGAGGUUCUUGCCAAAGCCCUGCUGCGCCUGCGCGUAAGAUCAAAAGUGAAGGGGGACGCCUAAGUAGUCUGGUUUGGGCCCCAGGCCGGUGCGACAGCAGGGUUGUCAAGAUGUGGACCUUCUACGUGGUUGCCAUCAUCACAGUUGUGGUGAUGGACCUCGUCACACUUUUCCACUACGCUUCCCCUAAGGCUGACUGGAUGGUUAAGACCGUGGUUGCUUACGCGUGGUUCACAAACCUGUCCAUUGUCAUCCUGGUACCCAUUGAUGUCUACACGACCCUACACCACGGGAGGUCUAAUGCUGUCUCCAUCAUGUGGAGCACAGCGUACUGGAGCGCCCAAGCGUUAACCUGGCUGAUCAUCCCCACAUUUCAGCAUUAUGAGGACGCUGGGGACUUCACGGUGGCAAGUCGGCUGAAAUAUAGCGUCCGGCACAACGUGACUUUCUAUGGCAGCGUGGGCGCUGUCGGCUUGGUCGGCCUUGUCCUGCUGAUUGCCUCAGGCAAAAUGACCCUGAGCGGCAUCCAGGGCUACGCGAUAGCAGCGUCGAACACUUUCGGUCUGGUCACGGGAGGUCUCCUUCUGGCGUACGGUCUGGUGGAGCUCCCCCGGGGGCUGUGGAGGCAUGCGGACCUGAACUUGAGGCAGCGGUGGCUGGCGCACAAAGUGGGCCGGAUAGCAGAGAAGCUGGACGAGGCGCAUGGGGAGUUAUCAACGGCAAUUGUGAUUGCUCAGGCAACGUCAAAUCAGAUGUCGCGGCGGGAUCCGCUACGGCCGUACAUGGAUAUGAUUGACACGAUGGCAGCGGAGGACCCCACUUUCAAACCCACGGGGGGCCGGAUCGGAGAGAACGACAUGGACUACGACAUGAGCAUAAAGACUCUGGCGUCCCUGCGGAAGCGGCUGAGGAAUGCGAAGGAGCAGUACUACCGGUACAAGAGUGAGUACGCGGCGAUUGUGUGGGCGGCCCUCGAGCUGGAGGACACCAUGAAGAACGCGGCUUCGGGGAAGGCGAACGAUUACAAGUUCGUCUCGACGAUCCGGCCCACUCGGACAGGGCAGUUUGCGGACCUCAUAAACCGAGCAGAGUGGCUGUGGCGGUGCGUCCUGCGGUCGGUCACGGUGCAGCUGAUGGCGGCGCUGCUGAUCAUGGUAUCGCUUGCGCUCAUCUUCGCGGAGGCGACCAUUAUUACGGACGGCAAGCCGGACCUGUCCGUGUUCAGCCUCCUGAUCAAAUCGGCCGGAGACAACGAGUCACUCGUCCAGAUCUUCACGUUCGUCCCCCUGGUGUACAUCUGCGUCUGCACCUACUUCUCCGUCUUCAAGCUGGGCAUGUUCAGCUUCUACUACCUCGUGCCCAAGCACACCGACGCCGUCAGCCUCCUCGUCAACGCGUCCCUCACCUGCCGCUUUGCCGCCCCAAUGUCGUACAACUUCUUGCAUCUCAUCCACGUCGGAAACACUGUCUUUGACCAGAAAAUGGGGCAGAUGGGCAACAUCCCGGUGCUGGGCGACGAGUUCAACACGUACUUCCCGUUCCUCAUGGUCGCCUUCUCGUCCAUGAUCGCCGCCAACGUGUUCAACCGCUUCCUCGACCUCUUCGGCGGCUCCAAGCGCUUCCACUUUGACGACGAGGACCGGUCCGACGACUUCACUGCGUCUGGAAACAUCAUCCUGCGGAAAGAGCGUGCGUCGCUGGAGCGGGGCAUGACGGUGGGCGAGAGCGUGAUGCCCCUGGCGCGCAGCAUGGCAAACGGUGACGUGGAAGCAGGCACAGCGGCCCCCGCAUCCAAGUCGCCCCCUCGCAAGAAGAGCGCCUCAAAGUCCAUCUCCCCGUCCCCUUCCACCUCCCUCCUCCAAAACCCGACCCUCACGCCCCCCCGCGACACCCAAAACCCGAGGCGGUACGUACCCCCCAGUCAACGGCCGGAGGGAGGCCCCGGGCGGCCUGGCAGUAGGGGCAACAGCAGGCCUACGAGCCCGGGGGGAAAUGGCCGACCGCCACUUCCGGGCAGACCGAACGCUUCGCCUGCCCGGGAGAUGCAAGACGUAGUCGGGGGGCCGGCGGGGGCGCUGGGGGCGAGCAUGGCGUCGCGGUGGGGCAACUUCAAGGGCAGCCUCACGAAAGGGAUUGACCAGAUGGGUUCCGGCCUGUCUACGGUGGCCGAGAAGCUGCGGGCGAGUCGCGAGCGGAUGCAAGGGAAGCUUCCGGAAACGCAGCAGCAGGCGCAGCCACUGACGACGUCGGCACGGCCAGCGAGUCCCGCAGCCACCUUGGAUAACAUCUUUGCGGGGCUCGGCGCACGCACAACUGUUGAGGACGAGGAGGAUGACGUCAACCUUCUUGACAAGUCGAAGCCCCGUUCCGGAUGGUAGAGCACACUGAGCACGGAGCUAUGGUUUUGUAGACGGGCACUCUUACAGCCAAUGUCGUAUCUUGAGUUACAGAUUAAUCAUGUACCAUGUGAAUCUCUAGUCUAGGGUCUAGACAGAAUUAGGAGACUGUUGACGUACGUAGAAGAUCUUGGUUACUCUGAAUAGUACUGACGUGUUCCUGUAACGUGCUAUUGAUCGCCGUUAAGCUGUUUACGGCGGUCAGCUUUCAAGCACAACAUUUGAGCCGGGAAAAUUUGCCUCGUUAUUCGAGUCGAAGAUGAAAAGCUCCGGCCACUGGCAGUCACGAUUCCGCCAUGUUUGCGC